AUGCCGAUACUUCUGCGGCGCACAUCGACAGGCAGCGGCUUCACAGUCGGCGCCUCGGGGCGAGACGGCGUAGGGGGCGCGCUCAAGAGCGUGGACCUCUAUGCAAAGAUGCCGAGGGAGCUCGCAGAGGGCACGUACCUCGGCGGGGUCUUCUCCAUCCUCCUCAUGUUCGUGUUUGUAUCGUUGUUCGGCAUGCAGCUGCGGGCGCUGUGGACCGUGGGUACCAGGACGGACAUCGCCGUCGACCACAGCGAGGACGCCAAGUUCCAGGUCAACUUCAAGGUUGAGCUCCCAGCGCUUUCGUGCGAGUGGGCCACUGUGGAUGUCAUCGACGCCCUCGGCACCAGGCACUUCAACAUCAGCGGAGAGUCGAUAUACAAACACAGCAUGGGCGCUUCCAGGUACUUGGGCGUGGAACACGCAUCCGCGGGUCGCGAAUCACAGCGCGAACCAGAGUACGGCGACACCACAGACCUUGAUCACUAUGGCAACAGGAGGAUCGCUUACGAGGUCACGGGCGCGACGUUCGAACGGAUGAUUCGCGCGCACAAGGUUCUUCUCGUCGAGUUUCACGCGCCGUGGUGCUCGCACUGCCAGAGACUUGCGCCCAUAUACGAGCACGCCGCAGAACUGGUGCGAAGCGAGCUGCGCAGGGGCAAGCGCGCCAGGCUCGCCGCCGCACUCGCCACCGUCGACUGCACCAUCGAAAGCAACAAGGAUCUGUGCAAGGAGCAGCACGUGCAGGCGUUCCCGACCCUUCGAGUGUAUCGCGCCGGUUCGCUUCAUCCCGUGGAUCUCGUUCAGUCAGUCGCCGAUGCAAAGGCUGAGUCAUCGUACGACGACGAAUUCAGCGAAACUAACGCGAGGGCGGCCGCGAUGAAGGCCGCGGAGAUGGCCAGAGCCGCGAAGUCUUUGGGCGGGCAGAUCAGAACCAGCGGCUGCAUCAUCGACGGCAGCUUCAGGGUCAAUCGCGUGCCUGGUGCAUUCUACGUCACUCCUCACUCCAUGGGACACAACCUCAACCCAGACGUCAUCAACAUGACGCACACGGUCAAGCACCUUUCCUUCGGCAAGCACGUCCCCGGGCGUCCUUCCUACGUGCCCCGCAACCUGCGAAGGGUCUGGAACAGAGUCCCGAAGGACCUGGGCGGCCGGUUCGCGGCUGGCGACGAGGCGACGUUCUACUCCGAGGAACCCAACACCGUGCACGAGCACUACCUCAAGAUCGUCUCUCGCACGUUCGAACCCCUCGAGGGCCAGGCGGUGCAGCUGUACGAGUACACGUUCAACAGCAACAGGUUCCGGCUCAACCCGCCGCUCGCCGCGGAUGGAGACCCGGACCAGCACGUGGACGGACCCAUGAUCAAGUUCUCGUACGACGUGUCCCCAAUGAGCGUCGUGCUGAAGGAGGUGAAAAAACCACUGCUGGACUGGAUCCUGGGAAUGUGCGCUCUACUCGGCGGGGUGUACACGUGCGCCGGCCUUUUGGAGACGUUUCUGCAGUCGAGCGUCUGCGCGGUGAAGCGAAGGGUCGGAAAGAUCUCAUAG